AUGUCGUCUUCUUCGGCUUCCGACGCUCGCCGCAAGGCCGAGAUCGAGGCCAAAAAGGCCAAGCUCCAAGAGAUCCGUCGUCAAAGGGAAGAGCGCGCACAACGGCUCAAGUCGUCAUCCGCUGCACUACCAGAAUCAUCAACCAGCGCAUCGUCCAGAAAGGAUCUCGACGACCUUGUCAACUCUCUCAUCUCGGUGCCCGGCGGAACGCGCAGUUCGCGGGCAUCCAUCAUCGGCGAUGCAUCUUCCCCGCGCAGGAGCGUCCUUUCAGGCAGUCGGGUCGGAAGCGGCAUAGAUCCUCCCUCGUCCGAGUUUGGCGGGAGCGAGUCGGAAGUGCCACCAUCUACACCUGGCGCACCUGGUACGACUGCAACCACAACUGCUCUUGGCGAACUGGGCAGCAUUCGAUCGGCGCCGGUCGAACUCAUCGAUGUGGAAACGGAACUGUUCGAGCUGCCUCAGAAGCAGCGCGUCUUCUACACAAAGGAGGUCCAGACGGCUGCUGUUGGCGACUCGGACGACGAAUACGAUCACACAUCCCGCAGCCGAGGCUUCGGCGGAACCGGUCCAUCAGGCGGCGUCGGCGCAGAAGCCCGCACCAGAGAAAGAGAAGAAUCGCUACGAGCCAAAAUCCUCGCAGAACACCAAGCCGACCUGGCCGCACGACAAGAAGAAGAUCGACUCGAACUUGAGAUCGCCCAGCAGCUGCGUGAGCUCACCGAAGACGAGCGCCUGGCCAUCUACUCCGCACAAGAUUUCAGCGAUUUCGUCGAGCACUCUUCCAAGAUUGUCGAGCGAGCGCUCACCGAUACAUACGAUUACAUGCGAGACUACCGCAUUUCGGCGGAUGAUUCGGCGGAGGCGGCCAACAGCGGGUCGCAGCUUCGCAUCGCCCGAAAGUUCGGCGUGGGCGACAAGACCUUCGCCAACCGCAGCAUCACCGCCAUCGACUGGAGCACCAAGUAUCCCGAACUGUGCGUUGUAGCGUACAACAGGAACGACCGGGACGAGGAUGCGCCAGAUGGGCUGGUUGCCGUGUGGAACAUGCAUCUCUCCGAUCGGCCCGAGUUCGUCUUCCAUGCGCAGACGGAUGUUCUCUCGGUAUGCUUCUCGCCCUUCCACCCGAAUCUGGUGGUAGGAGGCACGUACAGCGGGCAGAUCCUCAUCUGGGAUACCCGCGCUCGAAGCCUGCCGGUUCUCAAAACCCCUCUCUCCGCAGCGGGGCACACGCACCCCGUCUACGGCCUCAAGAUCAUCGGCAGCGCUAACGCGCACAACCUCGUAUCCGCCUCCACCGACGGCACCAUCUGCUGGUGGAUGCUCGACAUGCUUGCUCGACCCCAAGAGACGCUCGAGCUGAUCAACACCUUGCACCCGAAAACGGACGAGGUGGCCGUCACCUCUCUCGGCCUCGUCGACCAAGAAACGACUUCCUUCCUGGUGGGUUCCGAGGACGGUUCCGUCUACGCUGGCAACCGGUACGACCGUGCAGGGUUGAAAGCGGGCUUGAACAUGAACGAGAUCUACCGCGGUCACGUAGCACCGAUCACGGGGAUCCAUUUCCACCCUCUCAACGGCAGCGUCGACUUUUCGGACCUGUUCCUCACUUCGAGCAUGGAUUGGACUGCGAAACUGUGGCGGUUGAAACCGACGACUGCGUCGACGAUCACGCCGAGCAGCUCUCUCGCCUCGGGUCUGGGGAGGAGCUCGGCACCAGCUCCGACGCAAACGGCGGGCGUGACGCCGAUAUUGAACUUCGAAGAGUCGAACGAUUACGUCUACGAUGUGUGCUGGAGUCCAACGCAUCCAGCCAUCUUUGCCCAGGUGGACGGCACGGGAAGAUUGGACGUGUUCAACUUGAACAUGGAUACCGAGCGACCGAUUGCGUCUGUCACCCCGGCCAGUGGCGGUGACGGUGGACAGAAUGGAGACGGCGCGGGGAGGGCGUUGAACAAGCUGGCGUGGUCCAAGACGGGAAGGAAGGUGGCUACGGGUGGGUCGGAUGGGGUUGUCUACGUGUAUGAGGUCAAGGAGAGCCUAGCGAUGGCGGGGGAAGAGGACUUUGGGCUGUUUCAGAGUGUGGUUGCGCGCUUGUUGUCCGGGACAACCCCGGCAGCAGUGGUGAGCUCAGGGAGGGGCAGCAACAUGUGA